ACUUUGGUCUUCACCUCAGGUUCUGACAACGCUUAAUAGUAAGGCCCAGUGCGGGCUACUAUUCAGAGAGAGGGGGGAGAAGGGUGACCAUGCAGAUUUCUUUGUCUCAAUUCCCCCUUCUCUUUUACUAACUGAACCUUAUUGUUCUGCUCCCAUUUCUUCUCUUCCCUGUGAACUUUUCAUUACUGAAAUUACCCUCAAGAGACUCCUCUUAUUGUCAUGCAGUGACUUUGACUUGAUCAACCGCUUACGAACAACCGACGCCUUCAACUGUUCGUCCGAUUUCGCUGAGGGACCAGGUUACGCCUUGUACUAAACCAUGCCCACGAGCCAUAUCAACACCACGCAAAACUUGACGAUGGCUGCAACGUUGAGCAAUGGACGAUCCAUGGUGUUGCAAUCUCGGUCACUACCAGCGCUCCCAACAGAUUUCUCAGGUCCCUCGGAGCUGCCGGCGGAGCUUCCACCGUUGCCGUUGCCUCCAAUGACGACGAGGGCAUCACCACCGCCGCCCCCGCCUCCGGCACCAGUGUCAACGUCCAUCAUGAACCCAGCAUCAUCUUCUUUGGUAACAGAAAAGGCAUUGCUAGCGAGUCGUUCCAAUGACGAUGACCUGACGGCCGACAGCGCCGGUACCUCGGAACCCCCGCCAUAUUCAAGCCCCUCCAAUAGCUCGGAGACGUCCAUCUCACACGAUUCCCAAGGCACACAUGGGUUUCACUAUUAUACUGGCCUACCCAGGCUGGAUUACAAGCUUUACUCGCCACCCAAUUUCACUCUUUCAACCGACUGUACCACCCUAUCGUCCAAGGCAGAGUAUCUAACAGCGAGCGCCAGCGCGCUGAUAGGGCUCAUCAGGUCUCAGGCGAGCAUUCCACCCAAGCCGCUGAUCCAUAUCAGAGGAAACCGCGGUCGAACUAUUGAUUUUGACUUCAAAAUGAACCUCAUGGGCUUACUGGUGGCUGAUGACAUGGGCAAGCGUCUGGACUACAUUCGGUGUGUUGCGCCGGGCGAGGUAGCGUUCCGCGGCGGCGCCAAGGCCGACGUCCUCCCCGAGGUGGGUGACAGAGAGCUGGAUGAAUGGUGUCGCCGAUUCAUCGAGGAUCCGGCGCCCGUCAAAAGUUUUGCACUCGAGCGAGUUGUCGCCAACCUAGACACGCUUUACAUUGAGGGCCAGAUUCGUAGCCUAAUUGCCUCGACUCAGUACAAAGGGCAGAUCAACAUCUCGUUUCCCGUGACGCAUUGCAAGGUCAAGGUGAAGAGUGCCGAGAAGCCGAGCAAGCUCUACAUGGGCAUGAAGAACCUUUUCACGAGCAAGCACAAGUACGAAGUGGUGCAGUCAGUAUGGCCCUUUGCGACGGCCAGGAACGGCGAGGAGGGCCGGAGGUGCAUGGUGCAAAGUGAAGAAGUGUGGUGGCGGGAGUGGAGAGAUUCAAUCAAGUAUGCUAUGGCACAGAAGAGGCAGAACGGAGCCUAUGUGACAAACGAGGACAAGCUGGAGGCACUUAUGGAGGGUAAGGGUAAGGGCGUUACGUCCAUCGAUUGGGGUGGAACUGGACCCGAGCUUGAGGAUCACGCCGACUGAGGCUCUCGCGGUCGGCGUGAUGCGCGAUAACUUGGCGGGGGAGAAGAGUGUGGACUGAUGAUACCCAAAAGGGCGGUUGAGCCAUGUGAAGAUGGUACAUUGCCUUGUCUAGGAAUGGCAGGUUUGUGAUGAGUUCCCGCGAUCUACCUCAGCUCUGUAGUAGCAACAGAGUAAAGACUGAAUAGCUCAGAAUCAAAACUUAACGACAAGCUGCGAUGUCGAAUUUAAUUGAGCGUUUCCCGCAGACUUGUAUCU